AUAUUUUACUUUUGUAACCGGUUAACUUGUAUUUCCUGUUAGUCAUCAUUCUCACGAAAUGUCCAAUUUUAAAGUUUUCGUGAAGUGGGGUAAGGAAAAGCUCGAAGCAGAAUGCGAUACAAGCAAAACUCCAUUGGAUUUUAAAGCCGUUCUUUUUUCAUUAACUGGCGUUGCUCCAGAGAGACAAAAAGUUAUGAUGAAGGGCCAAGUUCUUAAGGAUAAUGAAUGGUGGAAGACUCCGCUAAAAAAUGGUAUUACAUUAAUGAUGAUGGGUACAGCUGACGAAUUACCAAAAGAGCCUACAGAGAAGAUAAAAUUUCAGGAGGAUAUGACAGAACAAGAACUAGCUAGUGCGUUAUCUAUGCCGGUUGGUUUAUCAAAUUUGGGAAAUACGUGCUAUAUGAACGCAACGCUUCAAUGUUUACGAUCGGUUCCUGAGCUAACUGAAAAAUUAAAAGGAUUCUCUGGAACCAUGAUGACGGCUGGAGCCGUUGAAAGGGAUCAAUCAAUUACGGCCGCAAUGAGGGAUUUGUUCCAACAAAUGGAUAAAUCUCCCGAAGCUGUUGCGCCAUUGAUAAUGUUACAGAUUUUGCAUAUUUCUUUUCCACAUUUUGCUGAGAAAGCUGAACAAGGAGGAGGUUAUCGUCAACAAGAUGCGAACGAAUGCUGGACUGAACUUGUGCGCUGUUUACAACAUAAAUUGACAGGAAUUAGCAAUCCAAAUGAACGUGCCGCAGUUGCCCAGAAAACUUUUAUAGAACAAUAUUUCGGUGUCGAUUUCGACAUAAAACUUAAAAACAACGAAUGCGAAGAUGAAGAUCCAACCAAUUCUACUGAAAGCGAAUUGCAGCUGAGCUGUUUUAUUGAAAAGGAUGUCAAGUAUUUACAUACCGGCUUGAAAAAUAAAGUUGAAGAGGAAAUUGAAAAAUUUUCUAAUGUCUUGAACAGGAAUGCUAAAUAUUUGAAACAGAGUAAGAUUAGUCGAUUGCCAGCCUAUCUUACCAUUCAAAUGGUUCGAUUUUAUUAUAAAGAGAAAGAAGCCGUAAAUGCUAAAAUACUUAAGGAUAUUAAAUUUCCAAUGGAAUUAGACGUUUAUGAUUUAUGUUCGGAGACUCUGCAAAAAAAACUGUGUCCAGUUAGAGAAAAAAUGAAAGCUGAAGAAGACAAGAGAGUUGAGAAUAUGAAGUCGCAACCAGGCUACAAACCUGGCGAUAAAGAGGAGAAGAAAGAAAAUUUACGUCAAGAACCUUUUAGCUUUGAUGACGAUCCUGGAUCUAACAAUAGCGGCUACUAUCGUCUUCAAGCCGUCCUAACCCAUAAAGGGCGCUCGAGUACAUCUGGCCAUUACGUUGCCUGGGUUCGACGAUCAGAAGACGAUUGGAUAAUGUUCGACGAUGACAAGGUUGCCCCUAUUAAAUCGGAAGACGUCCUCAAAUUGUCUGGAGGAGGAGAUUGGCAUUGCGCCUAUCUGUUACUUUACGGGCCAAAAGUCUUGGAAAUUGACGAGUCUUUAAACGACGAAGGAAAAUCAGAGAGUAAAGAAGGCGAAACAACUAAUAUGGAAACAUCUUAA